AUGGAUUUGAUAACUCAAUUAAUGCCACUCUGUUUAUAAUAAUUAUUUUGUAUAAAAAACUACUUUGCAUGCACAGGAUUUAUUAUUGUCCUUUUUUGUAUAUCGCUUUUUGCUGUUGAACAGUGGGAAAACUCUAGGCUGUAAAAUGCUUAAGUGACUGAAAACUAUGAUCAUUUAAACCUGGCAUAAAUAAAGGAAUUAUCCUUUAAUUAAGCAAAUUAAGUAGUAGAAGGAGUAAUUUAAAUAGCAAAAUAAGCUUUAAGUUCUAAAAAUAAGCAAGUUUUUAAAAAACAAAUUAAUCAUUAUGAUAGUAUUAUUACCAGAAAUAAACUUUAAGGAAUGAAUCUUAUGAUAGACUCAAGCAUAAUAUCCUUAUUAUAAAAUUUACCGUAGGUUUAACAACUAAUUUUUGAAAUAAUAGAUAAAAAUAAUGACAAAUAAAUUAGCUAGAAAGAAUUGAACAGGACUAUUCAUGGUGUAUAUAGACACCUUUAAGAUAAAAAAUUAGUAGAUGAUUUUUCAAAAGAAUUAUUUUAAAAAAUUAAUAAAGGAUAAAGUUUUAAUUUUCAGCAGUUUUAGUAGUAUUUUAUUUCAUUUUUGGCAUCUUUAUUAACUAGCAGUACAAAACCCUUUGAAAACACACCACCCUUUGAGAAAGAAGACAUUAAAGGACUUAUACUUUAUCUAUCCUCAGAAAGAAGGAUAUGGGAUAAUUGUCUUUAUACAGCAUUUAAAAUUCUAAAUAAAAAUAAUGACCAAUAUGUAACAGUCGAUGAAAUUAGCACUUUCCUUAUCUCAAUAAACAAGAAUAUAUGGAACGAUGCAAAACCUUAUGUUUAAUAAAUCCUAGGAUAUAUGAGAAUAACAGGAAAUUCAAAUGGCGAGUAAUUCAACCUUGGCCAGCUCAUUACAUUUGGAGAGUUAGUUAGACCAUAUAUGGGAUAAAUAUUAGAUAAGUAUAUUAACUGA